GACCGGAAUCAGCAUCAUUAAGAACUUCUUGGUCUACAACAACGGUAGACCCAUCAACAACUUGAUCCAAACCAUCAUGACCACCUACCAGUUCCAGAUUUUGUUGGUCAAGCUCCCAGCAUACGAUACCAGUUUCUUGGGCGAGUUGAUCUCGAAUCUCGAGAGCUUGGCAGUGGUUUUCGGCACCUUGCCUGAAACUGUCCCUAACUUGCGGGUACUCAGAACCCAGUACUACACGCUCAUGGACUUUAUCAAGCUUGACUUGUUGCCAAUGUUGAAUCAUAAGAAAAUCGACAACAAAGUCAUAAACUACCCGGUUGAUUGCAUCUACAACUUACUCAAAAAGUGGUACACCAUCUUCCCGUCUGCGAGCUUCUUACCAGUCACCCCCCAUAACGACUUGGUCACCUCAGACUUGAGGUCCACCAUAUUUUCGUACUACUACGUGGUGGGGGCUGCUUUGCGAGUUUGCUUCCCCCAAACGCCAUACUUGUUCGGGGUCAGCUUUGCAACCCUUCAGACGUAUGCGGCCAGGAGGUUUUUCGAGAUCUCUCCCUCCGUGAACUCGCUCAAUAUCGGCACAAACUUGCAAGAUUCGUUACAGCGUCAUAACUACUAUGCGUUGAGGUUGUACUCAUUUUUGCGGCACCGGGUACGGAUAUUCAUAAAGGGAAUAGAGUGGGAGUCGGAGUUUCCUGAGGACCGGUCUGCCAAUAGAGCUUUUAAAAACGUCAUGGAAGUGCCCAUCAAAUCGUUUGCCGAUACGUUGGUGAGACCCGAGCAUUAUGCCACCAUCAGAUAUGAGGACAGGGAACCGGGCCACCGGUUUGUGCGAACGGACGAGACGAUGAUUCUGCAGCUUUAUGCCCGGAACAUCGAGACGUUGAAAUUUUUUGACGGCAACUGUGUGCUUCAGUUUGACUACCAGUCGAUGGCUCUUUUAAGAGAUUAUCGACCCAUUCCCAGCACCGGCAUCGUCAACUUCCCUGACAUCACCGUGACUGACUUGGACUACUAUAUGGAAGACAGACGUCAUAUCAUCAGGAACUUCAAACAAAAUGUAUAGCGUAAUGAACACCCUUUUCGC